AUGUCGACUCGUUUAGAAGAUUUACCCAAUGAAUUAUUUGUUCAUCUAUUUAGUAAUUAUUUUCAUGGUGUAGAAUUAUAUAAACUAUUUUCUGGAUUAAAUAUUCGUUUUAAUAAUCUAUUAAAAUUAUUAAAUAAUAUUUAUAUUCGUCUUGAAAAUUCCAAUGAUGAUAAAUGUCUUAAUUUCUUUUCUCAAAAAAUUCAUAGUUUAUAUAUUGAUUCUCAACAUAAAAGUAUUCAUUUUCUUCCAUUACUUAUUAAUAUUCGAUCGAUAACAUUAGUUGAUCCAACAAUAAUUCAAAUAAUAAAUUUAUUAGAAAUAAGUUCAAAUGUUGAACGUAUUUGUAUUCAAUGGUCAAAUCCUUAUUUAAUUAAUUUAAUAAGUGCACGAUCAUUUUAUGAAUUAAUUUUUAGUGCAAGUUCAUUGGAAAAUCUUCGUUCAUGUCGAUUAUAUUUACCUGAAAAUCAUUCAUUCUAUUUCGAACCCAAACAUUGUACAUUACCAUUAUUACAUACAAUUUAUGUUCAGAUAACAAUUCCAUUAGCUGAUUUUCGUCGUAUAAUACGUUUAUGUCCGAAUUUAAUUCGACUUGAAAUUGAAAUCAUUGAUAAUGGACAUUCAAAUAAUGAAACAAUUAUUCUUUUAAAUCAUUGUGAACAUCGAAAUAUUCGACAAUUUCAUGUUUAUAAUUUAUUAUCACUUGAUAUAUUAGAGAUUUAUAUUGAUUAUUUCUCUAAAUUAACCAAAUUAUAUAUCUCAAUGAAAUUAACUUCAUAUCCAUUAGAUGUUUUUAAACAAAUAUCAAAUUUAAUUCAUCGAAUUUAUCAUUUAAAACAAUUUCAUUUUCGUUUUUCAACUCAUUGUUGGAAUAUUGGUUAUCAACAAUUACAAAUUCUUAAACAAUUAAAUCCUUUUUUUGAAAAUAUUCAUAUUGAAAAUAAAAAUAAUGAAAUUGUUUUUAUUAAUUAA